AAACUAAGCAAAGUCUCACUCCUCUACUUCGUUUCUUCCUGCUAUGAAGAAGAAUGAACAGAAGAGAAAAAGCAAACAUGGUGGAUAAUCCAGUCCGUUUUGGAAUUAUAGGAUGUGCAGAAAUAGCAAAGAAAGUAUCCAGAGCUAUAAAUCUAGCUCCAAAUUCGAUCAUCUAUGCAAUUGGAAGCCGUUCGAUCGAGAAGGCACAGAAAUUUGCGACAGAGAAUGGCUUAUCAGAGACUGUUAAGAUCUAUGGAAGCUAUGAAGAAGUCCUCGAAGAUCCAUGUGUGGAUGCUGUUUAUAUGCCACUUCCAACAACCCUUCAUGUCCAGUGGGCAGUCUUGGCAGCACAGACGAAGAAACACUUGUUGCUGGAGAAGCCAACAGCCCUGAAGGUGGCUGACCUGAACCAGAUCUUGAAUGCCUGUGAAUCAAAUGGAGUGCAAUUCAUGGAUGGUAGCAUGUGGAUGCAUCACCCUAGAACUAAGAAGAUGAAGGAGAUGUUAUCUGAUCCCAAGCUUUUUGGCCAGCUUAGAUUGAUACAUAGCACAUCAACAUUCUCAGAAACUCAAGAAUUCUUUGAGAACAACAUAAGGGUGAAGCCAGACUUGGAUGCCCUUGGUGCAUUGGGAGAUACAAGUUGGUAUUGCAUCAUGGCCAUCUUGUGGGCGGUCAACUACCAAUUACCGAAGACUGUAACUGCUUUACCUUUUCCAACUUGCAAUUCCGACGGAGUCAUCUUGGCCUGUGGUGCCUCUUUCCAAUGGGGAGAACAGGACAUCAAGAUUGCAACUUUUUACUGCUCUUUCCUCUCUAAUGUGUCCAUGGACCUCGCUGUCUAUGGUUCUAACGGAUCCCUUCAUCUCAAAGACUUCAUCAUCCCUUACCAAGAGAACUCUGCUUCAUUUGACUUCUCAUCUGGGGCAAAAUUUACAGAACUGCACUUGGGUUGGAAUCUGAAACCAACCCAGGUUCAAGUGGCUUCAGAACUUCCUCAAGAGGCUUUAAUGGUUCAAGAGUUUGCAACACUGGUCAACAGCAUUAGAAGCUCUGGGUGCAAACCUGAUAGGAAAUGGCCUGAGAUUAGUAGGAAGACUCAACUGGUUCUGGAUGCUGUUAUGAAAUCUAUUGAGCUUGGAUUUAAGCCUGUUGACCUGUGAUUGUUGGCAUUCUAGCUCACUGUUGGGUUCUGGUAUGUAAGGAGAAAGGAAAAGCUAGUGUCUCGACAUGUAAUAGUUAACCACAGUUUAUAAUUCCUGA